GCAUCAUCAAUGGUUAGCAAAGCUGAAUGGCCAGUGGAAUGCACGAAGCUCUCCUCGUAACAGGCUGCAGUGGAGCCCACCUCCACGCGUCCAAUUGUGAAGUCCCAUUGAAGCAGGAGGAUAUGAGGGGCAAUGACUGCGUAGCCCUUUCACUCUUGGAGGCGGUGGGUAAGUCACUUGCAUCCUUGAUGCAUAUAUAAGCCUGGCUCAACCUGCUCCCUUCUUGAAUCAUCUCAUAUCAUAUCACCAACACCAGGAAUAAGCUCUUCAUACUUGCACCAGACCAAACCAAUCAAUCAAUCCAUCCAUUCAACUCCAAUACAGUCAAAAUGUUCGGCUGGGACGACGCUCAAAAUGCCCACCAAGAAGUGUAUGGCAGCGGUGGCUAUGACAACCAGGCUAAAUUCUCUCACGAAGUCAUUGCUGGUGGUGCCGCUUUCGAGGGCAUGAAGCUCUUCGAAGACCGUCAACGCAAAGAGGGCAAGCCUGUCUCCCAUGCCUUUGCCAAAGAACUCCUCGCCGGAUUCGUCGGUGGUGAAGUCGACAAGCUCGCCGAGACCAAGGGAAUGGACGAGUAUGACGCCUACGAGGCCAAGAAGAGAGCCAAAGAUCAUGCUGAGAGGAUGUACGACCAACACUACGAUGGCAUGGAUCAAUACGAUCCAAACCAGCGCGAUGCGCCAAACUUCAACUACUAAGGUGGUUGGAAUCAAAGGACAAACUAUCAGUCGGAGAAGCCUCAACUGACUGAUGGAAUGCUGCAAAUCAAUGACUUGCCAGCAGUACAUGGGGUGCUCACUGUUCCUGCGUGUCGAUCACGACAGUAGUUAGCAUAGAGUACAGACAGCCCAAAGAAAUGACAUGAGCUUCGAUC